CCUGGGGAUCGGCGGAGUGCGGCAGCCAGGGAGGGCGGAGGCGCGAGGAGCCGGACGCCGGCGCCGCGGGGGCCAUGACCGUGGAGCAGAACGUGCUGCAGCAGAGCGCGGCGCAGAAGCACCAGCAGACAUUUUUUAAUCAGCUGAGAGAAAUUACUGGGAUUAAUGACGCCCAGAUACUACAGCAAGCUUUAAAGGAUAGUAAUGGAAACUUGGAAUUAGCAGUGGCUUUCCUUACUGCGAAGAAUGCUAAGACCCCUCAGCAGGAGGAGACAGCUUAUUACCAAACAGCACUUCCUGGCAAUGACAGAUAUAUCAGCGUGGGGAGCCAAGCAGACACAAGAAAAAAAGAGUAUAUGCCCACCAGAACGAGAUGUACUACAAGUGAGCAAUCAAAGUAUGGAUCAAAAGAUAAGAGGGAUUUGGAUGUGAUUGAUCUCACUGGAGAUGAUAAAGAUGAUCUUCAGAGAGCAAUUGCCUUGAGUUUGGCGGAAUCAAACAGGGCAUUCAGGGAGACUGGAAUUACUGAUGAGGAACAAGCCAUUAGCAGAGUUCUUGAAGCCAGCAUAGAAGAAAAUAAAGCAUGUUUGAAGAGGACGCCAACAGAAGUUUGGAAGGAUUCUCGAAACCCUUAUGACAGAAAAAGGCAGGAUAAAGCUCCUGUUGGACUAAAGAAUGUUGGCAAUACUUGCUGGUUUAGUGCUGUUAUUCAGUCAUUAUUCAAUCUUUUGGAAUUUAGAAGAUUAGUUCUGAAUUAUAAGCCUCCAUCAAAUGCUCAAGAUUUACCCCGAAACCAAAAGGAGCAUCGGAAUUUGCCUUUUAUGCAUGAGCUGCGGUAUCUAUUUGCACUUCUUGUUGGUACUAAAAGGAAAUAUGUUGAUCCAUCAAGAGCAGUUGAAAUUCUUAAGGAUGCUUUCAAAUCAAAUGACUCUCAGCAGCAAGAUGUGAGUGAGUUUACACACAAAUUAUUAGAUUGGUUAGAAGAUGCCUUCCAAAUGAAAGCUGAAGAGGAGACGGAUGAAGAGAAGCCAAAGAACCCCAUGGUAGAGUUGUUCUAUGGCAGGUUCCUAGCUGUGGGAGUACUUGAAGGUAAAAAGUUUGAAAAUACUGAGAUGUUUGGUCAGUACCCACUUCAAGUCAAUGGAUUCAAAGAUCUACAUGAGUGCCUGGAAGCUGCUAUGAUUGAAGGAGAAAUCGAGUCUUUACACUCAGAGAAUUCGGGAAAAUCAGGCCAAGAGCAUUGGUUUACGAAACUGCCACCUGUGUUAACAUUUGAAUUGUCAAGAUUUGAAUUUAAUCAGGCAUUGGGAAGACCAGAAAAAAUUCACAACAAAUUAGAAUUUCCUCAAAUUUUAUAUCUGGACAGAUACAUGCACAGAAAUAGAGAAAUAACAAGAAUUAAGAGGGAAGAGAUCAAGAGACUAAAAGAUUACCUCACAGUAUUACAGCAAAGAUUAGAAAGAUAUUUAAGCUAUGGUUCGGGUCCCAAACGAUUCCCAUUGGUAGAUGUUCUACAGUAUGCAUUGGAAUUUGCCUCAAGUAAACCAGUUUGCACUUCUCCUGUUGAUGAUAUUGAUGCUAGUUCCCCACCUAGUGGUUCCAUACCAUCACAGACAUUACCAAGCACAACAGAACAACAGGGAGCUCCCUCUUCAGAACUGCCAAGCACAUCACCUGCAUCAAUAGCUGCCGUUUCCUCACGAUCAAUAAUAUAUAAACCGUUUACUCAGUCUCGGGUACCUCCAGAUUUGCCCAUGCAUCCAGCACCAAGACACAUAACAGAGGAAGAACUUUCUGUGCUAGAAGGCUGUUUACAUCGCUGGAGGACAGAAAUAGAAAAUGACACCAGAGAUUUGCAAGAAAGCAUAUCCAGAAUCCAUCGAACCAUUGAACUAAUGUACUCUGACAAAUCUAUGAUCCAAGUUCCUUAUCGCUUACAUGCUGUUUUAGUCCACGAAGGCCAAGCUAAUGCCGGGCACUACUGGGCAUACAUUAUUGAUCAUCAUGAAAACAGGUGGAUGAAGUACAAUGAUAUUGCUGUUACAAAAUCAUCAUGGGAAGAGCUAGUGAGGGACUCUUUUGGUGGUUAUAGAAAUGCCAGUGCCUACUGUUUAAUGUACAUAAAUGAUAAGGCACAAUUCUUAAUAAAAGAGGAGUUUAGUAAAGAAACUGGGCAGGCCCUUGUUGGAAUAGAAACAUUACCACCGGAUUUAAGAGAUUUUGUUGAAGAAGACAACCAGCGAUUUGAAAAAGAACUAGAAGAAUGGGAUGCACAACUUGCCCAGAAAGCUUUGCAGGAAAAACUUAUAGCAUCUCAGAAACUGAGAGAGUCAGAGUCUUCCAUAACAACAGCACAAGCAGGAGAACCAGAAUAUCUAGAGCAGCCAUCAAGAAGUGAUUUCUCCAAGCACUUGAAAGAAGAAACUAUUCGAAUAAUUACCAAGGUAGCACAUGAGCAUGAAGAUAAAAGUCCUGAAACAGUUUUGCAGUCGAAUCCUGAAAAUACCACAAGCCAACCACCUUCUAACCAGCAAGUUGUAGAGGUGGCGAUUCCUCAUGUAGGGAAAUUUAUGAUUGAGUCAAAGGAGGGGGGUUAUGAUGAUGAGAUGAUGAUGACACCGAACAUGCAAGGUAUUAUCAUGGCGAUAGGUAAAUCCAGGAAUGCGUAUGACAGGUGUGGCCCUGAAGCAGGGUUCUUUAAGGCAAUUAAGUUAGAAUAUUCAAGACUGGUUAAAUUGGCCCAAGAAGAUACCCCACCAGAAACAGAUUAUCGGUUACAUCAUGUAGUAGUUUACUUUAUCCAGAACCAGGCACCGAAGAAAAUCAUUGAAAAAACAUUAUUAGAACAAUUUGGAGACAGAAAUUUGAGUUUUGAUGAGAGGUGUCACAACAUAAUGAAAGUUGCUCAAGCCAAACUUGAAAUGAUAAAACCUGAAGAAGUAAACGUGGAGGAAUAUGAGGAGUGGCAUCAGGAUUAUAGGAAGUUCAGGGAAACAACCAUGUAUCUCAUAAUUGGGCUAGAAAAUUUUCAAAGAGAAAGUUACAUAGAUUCCUUGCUGUUUCUUAUCUGUGCUUAUCAGAAUAACAAAGAACUCUUGUCCAAAGGCCCAUACAGAGGACAUGAUGAAGAAUUGAUAUCACAUUAUAGAAGAGAGUGCUUACUAAAAUUAAAUGAGCAAGCAGCAGAACUGUUUGAAUCUGGAGAGGAUCGAGAAGUAAACAAUGGUUUGAUUAUCAUGAAUGAGUUUAUUGUCCCAUUUUUGCCACUGUUAUUGGUGGAUGAAAUGGAAGAGAAAGAUAUACUUGCUGUGGAAGAUAUGAGAAAUCGGUGGUGUUCGUAUCUUGGACAAGAAAUUGAAUCACAUCUCCAAGAGAAGCUGACAGAUUUUCUGCCAAAACUCCUGGAUUGUUCCACAGAGAUUAAAGGUUUCCACGAGCCACCGAAGUUACCUCCCUAUUCCACACAUGAACUCUGUGAACGAUUUGCCCGAAUCAUGUUGUCUCUCAGUCGAACUCCUGCUGAUGGAAGAUAAACUGCAUACACUCUCCCUAAACACACUGUAUAAAAUUUUUUAGUUCUUAACCCUUGCCUUCCUGUCACAGGGUUUGCUUGCUGCUGCCAUAGUUUUUAAAGUUUUUUUUUAAUUUUAAUAAUGGUAAAAGACAAAAUGACUCUACAAACUUUAGCCAGACUGCAAACAAUAAAGCUGAGAAUAGCAUGGCGCUCAGACUUUGUUUUAACCAGAACUGAUGUAUAAUCACAGAUCUGAUUGAUUUUAUUAUGGCAAAACCAUGCUUUUGCCAUCUUUCUGUUACAGUAUUAUCAUGCUUUUAUCUUUUCUUUAUCUACAGCUUUCCAUUCAGUAUGGAUCCUUCCAUGACUACAGCCAUUUAAGUGUUCAGCACUGUGUACGAUAUAUAAUAUUUGGUAGCUUGUAAAUGAAAUUAAGAAUAAAGUUUUAUUUAUGGCUACCUACGUGUUUGUAAGCAGGUAUAUUGUAUAUUAGUGUAUUGUUUUAGUUAUGUAAAUGAACUUUGUGUGGGACUGUUUAAGAUUGGGUGAUGAAUAGAUUAAUAUAAACUUUUAAUUUUGCUCUAAUGUUAACACAUUGGAAAUUUCUAAGUAUUUGACAUUUAAAUAUAUCUAUUUUUGACUAAGUUGUUAAACUUACUAUGGCACCUACACCUGUUUUGAAUUCAAGUCGGGUUUUCACUGAAGUAAGCAGCUGAUAUUUAAGUCAACCACACUGAAACUUUUAACUUUUUCUUAGAUUCACCUUUUAUUUUUUUAUCUAUUUACAAAUAAUAUAGUAAGGUGAUUAUUUCAAAAGAUAUCAGAAAAAAGUACUUGAAUAAGGGCUAUUUGAUAGUAAACCUUAUAAGAAGUAUGUAUAUGUAUAUAUGCACAUACAUAUACACAUACACACAUAUUCUUCAUAAUGGAGGACAUUGUUUGGCAUAUAUAACAUUCUAUUUUUGUAAAUUGUAUACCACUUUAACUGAAAAUGUUCUCUACUAAUCAAUGCUGUGAAAUGAAGGUAUUGUUGAAUGAGAAGUUUUGAGUAUCUUACCUGCUUUUAUUUUUCUCCUUUUCAAAAAGGAAAAUAUUUUGUAGAUGGAACUGCUGUUUAAGAUUAAUGGGGUAAUAUUGUGAAUGAAAAUCAAUGCUUUAAAGGUAACUAUGUUACCAACAACCUAUUUUUGAAUUUAUAAAAAUUUCUUUAUAAAUGAUACUUUGUUAGCAUAGUAAAAUAUAUCAUUAUACUAUGUGUAUGUUUGUUACAGCGUCGUCACCAAAAUUAGUGCUCUUUAUAAGUGCCUCUCACAAAAGAUACUGGAUAAUGGAGGAAGAAGAAAAUAUUAAGCUAUUAUAUAAUGCUCCUUAUAAAGGUAUCAGUAUAUUGCUACAGUAUUAAUGGCAAGGAAUUGGUACUGUUUCUGUUGUAAAAUUAGAAUUUGCAUGUUUGUAGCUAUCAGAAUAUGUUUUGUUUUAGAUUUUAAAUUAUCUACUAAGCAGAUUUAAUAUUCUACAUUGGUUUCAAAUCAACAGUUUUAAAACUCCAAAUAUAUUGCCAAAGGUUUUGUAGUAUCUUCAGUAUUUUAUGAUAUUCUAUCAUUAAUGGUAAAGUUUGUGUUUUUGUGUGUAACUGACUACUAAGACACAAAGUGCUCAAACACCAUAUGGAUAUUACUCCCUUCACAAGGCAAUGUGAGAUUCAUAUGUGGCUCUUGUGCUGAAGGUAAGUUAUUAGUAUUAUAUUUACUUAGUACUUAAAAAAAUGGUUUAUUCAUUCUUAGUAAUGAAUCUGAAGUACUUAAUUAACGAAGUGACCUUUUUCAAGACCUGGGGAAACAACUUGUUUUUGUAUCAGCUUUUAAUUCAGUCUUAAGAAGUGAUUGAAAUUUCCUUACGUUGUUUACUGGGUUACAUAUAACUUACAGCUAGUAAUUUAAAAAUUGAAAUCUCUUACAACUGUUAUCCAUGGCUGAUUUUACUUUUAUUUAAAUGACUCUCAUUUUGAUUAUUAUAGUAUUCUUGUCCCACCCCUAAAAAAUCACAUUUUGAAAUAAUUUAGAGUAGAAUUAAAACAGACUUUAAGAUUUAGGAACUUCUUAUAAACACAAAGUUUAGGGAGACUGUAUCCAGGAGUGAACCUAGGAGACCCUGUAAUACUUUUAAGAUUCAGUAAAAUACAGUAAUGAUCACAGGUACACUAAAUCAGUAGUUCUCAAAAUGUGGUCUGCAGGCCAGCAGCUUCAGCAGCAUCUGGAAAUAUGUUAGAUCUGUGAAGUCAUGACCUCCACACUAGAAAUACUGAUUCAGAAACUGCAAGUUUUAGCAAGUUCCAGUGAGUCUUUCAGAUGAUUUGAUGUCUGCGAAAGUUUGAGAACCAUGGCACUAAAUGAAACUACCAAUAGCAUUUAAUUCACCUUAAUGGAUGCUGUUUUAUUUCCAUUCACUUCUGAUCCUUUUUCAAAAGCUUUUCAGUAUUUCUCUCACUUGCAAUUUUAAGGAAGUGACUAAAAAUUUUUUUGCUUCCCUUAUCAAUUUUCUAAAGUGGAUUUUCUCUGCCUAUCUAAUUCUCCAAAAGUUCUCUUUGUUUCAUUAUUCAGGGUUGAGUCCUGCUGACAUGGCCCAAAAAGCACAAUCACUCAGAUGCUUGGGGAAAUGAGUAGGGAUACUCACUCUUGCUUAAACAUUUUUUAAAAUUUAUGUUACUAAGCAAAUUAAAUAUCAUUUGUUGUGCCCAUGAUAACUCCAUCCAAAGGAUGAGUAUUAGUUUGCUAGGUAUUAGUUUGCUAGUAUUAAAAUACCACAGACUGGGUGAGUGGCUUAAAACAAAUUUAUUUUCUCACAGUUCAGGAGGCUAAAAGUCCAGAUCAAGGUGUUGGAAGGCUUCGUUUUUCCUGAGGGCUCUUGGCUUGCAAACAGGAGGCUUAUCACUUUGUACUCACAUGACCUUUUCUGUCUGCACACACACACAUCUCUAGUGUCUCUGCCUCCUCUUAUAAGGACAUCAGUCAUACUGUAUUAGAGCCCCACCCUUAUGACCCCAUUUAAUCUUAAUUACUUCUUUAAAGGUUCUGUCUCCAAAAGCAGUCACAAUGAGGGUUAGGGCCAUCUCCUUGCCAGACAAGAGUAUGAUUGUUAGCACCUUCCUUUUAGCCUAAUGAUACAAUGUGAAUAUCUAUAGUUCUGCUUUUACGUCUGCUUUAUUGUUUUCUUUUACCUACUAAAAACUAUAUUGAAGUUACUGUAAACCAAGUUAGGAAUUGCAUUCAUGCAAUUAGUGUGUUUUCAUUGAACAAACGUUUGCUGAAUUAAUGAAAUAAGUCCAUGUUGACUUGUCCUUGUUUAUGUUUAUCAGUGUCACUUAACUUCAUACCAUGAAUCCAUUUCUAUUCUGCAAGUAUUUUUAUUCUUACCUACUCCUAAUUUCUUUUCCAUCCCCCAGUUUACCCCUACCCUGUAGAUACUUCUGUUAACCAUUAUGGCCACAUGUUUUUCCAGAUUUGGAUAAUGUUAUACAGCAUAUGCAUAUAAGCAGUGGUGGGGGGAUGGAAUGGGAUAGGGUCAGAUUGCUUUUAAAAAAAUGAAAUAAUCAUAUGUUCAUUACAUCUUUUUCCUGCUCCAUCCUGUACUUUCUAGCCUCCAGCUCCUCCUUUUUUCAACAAUAUUUGAUAAAGGUGACUUAUAAUAAUAAAAUCAUAAAUAAUUCUAAUAAAUACCAUUACAUGAAUAAUUAGAUGAGUCGUGAUUGAGGAAACUACAUACACAACUGAAUACACACAUGUGCACAGACCAUAAUUUAAAAUAUUUCACUCACAGUUCUCAAUGACUACUUCGGACCUUCAUUAACUAUCCUCAAACGUCUAUUAAGUGUCAGUGCCAGUAAAACAAGAUGAUCAUCUUUCCUUUGCCUUACCAAAAAAUUGGGUACACUGGGUAUGAUCUCCUUCAGCUUUUCACUUCCAUACCUAUAUCUAUAAAUUUAUAAUUAAUUAUUGUUAACCAGAAUGUCAGAAGGAAAUAGACAUUAUUGACAACCCAGUGUUAUGAGGAAAAUGUAAACAAAAGCAAACAUAGUAUCAAAUUAAUCUUCAAAUAAGUACACCCAUUAUUUGGGGACUUACUUGCUCUUCUAUGGAAUUAAUUUAAAAGUACACUUUUUUUUUUUCUGUAAGUAGCCCAAAGCUUGUACAACAGAAGUUUAUCGUUUAGCAAAUGGUUCUCACUUUUUCAAUAAUCUAGAGUUCGAUUAGUAUUUUUAACCCUGGGUGUACAUUGAAAGCAUGUGAAGAGCGUUUUUUGAAAAGGAACAUUUUACUCUAUCAUUGGAUAUAAUCUAUCAAGGAUCUUAAAAGGCUUUCAAAAUGAGAACUGGUUUGAGAACAUUUUGUGGGUGCCUCUCUGACUUCAGCUUUUCUAAGGUCACCUGAGGCCCUACCCUGAGAAACUAACAGCACCUAGCUAUCAUAGGAUGGAGAAAUUUCUUUUGCAUUAUUGUGUGUCAUGAAAAUGCAAGGAAUUUAAAUGUUUCCUGAUGACCCCCUCAACCUUAAGGUAUGGCCAUUUUGGUAUGUGCUCCAACUAAAGCUGCAUUAAACUAUUUUUCAGUCAUCAUCCUAGGAGUUUCUCUGAGUUGUUGACUGCAGGCUUUAGAAGCAGACUGCCCAGGUCUAGGUCCUGGCUCAGCGACUUAAUAGCUGUGUGUUGACUUUGAGAGCUCUUUAACUUUGUGCCACAGUUUAUGCAUCUGUAAUGUGGGAUUACACUGUAACUUACCCUAUAGGAUUCGUCUCAGACACUACAUUGUUUUCUAUAUAUAAAACUCUUAGGAAAUGUCUGCCACAUAGUAAGUGUUCUGCAGUUGUCAGCCCUUUUUACAAUUUGUUGCAUUGAUUCUCCUGAUUUUCAGAAUCUCUCCCUUAUAGAGACAGGCUCCUGUGGGCUACUCUCCUUCCUAUCUGCAUUCCUUGUCACUUACUUUUCCUUCUACUCCUUGAAUGUCAGUGUUGUCAAAGUUCAGGAAGUGGUUCCCUUGUAACUCCUCACUGUCCUGGAUGGUCAUGUCUACCAGUCUGUCUUCCUGUACUGCCUGUAUGCUGAUGAUCAUAAGUCGGUGUUUCAAACCAAGCCUCCCUUGUAAAUUCUAGACCUGUGUAUAUUUCCAGCUGUCAGUCAACAUGUAUUCUUGAAUGUUUCACAGGCACUUUAAACUUUGCACAUCCAACAACACUUUUUCCCAAAUCUUAUUGUUUUAUAUUCCCUUGAGUAUAAUCUGGGAAAUGAUAUAAUCCAGAAAUGAGGAAUUAUUCUCAAAAUUACCUUUCUUUCCCACUGAUUACCAAAUGUCAAGAGGUCAAAUUUGUUAAUAUCUUGCUCAUGCAUCCCUUCACUACUACUGUUGAUGAGGUCUCAUUUCUUAAUUUGAUCAGUUGAAUUUAUCACAGAGUGGCCUCUCUGUCUUUGAUCUUGCCCCUGCAAUCCAUCUUCCACACUGUUGGCAUAAUAAUUUUUCAACAAAGUUUUAUAUGUCUUCCUUUGCUGGACUGAGGUCCUUUAAAGGGAAAGGACCGGUUUUUAUAACCCAAGUACCUAAAUUAUCUGGCAACCUAAUGAACGUGCAGUCUUGCAGGUUCACUGGUCUUCUAGUCACCUUAAACUGGCAUAGUCUAAUGUGGUCUAAUAUAGUAGCCACUAAUCACAUGUGGCUAUUAAAAUUUAAACCAGCCAGAUAGCAAGUAUAUAAGAUAAAAUAAGCUUAAGUAAUAAAAGUAAUCAUGUACCCAGUUAGACACUUAACAUUUUUGUGUUUAUGCCUCUGGAAAGCUUUAUAUCAUGUGCACAUUGGCACACAUAACACACCUGUAAAUGAUUUUCAUAAAAACUUAAAAAAUAAAAUAAAUGUAGAUAUUUCCAUGAAGGUGUUUAUAGUAAGUCCAUAUUUCUUACUGCUUUACCUUAUUUGGUAAGGAAAAUGUGCUAUAAUUUAUUCAUAGACAUACAAUGUAGCUCCUGCUUACGUCUGUGUGUGUACUGUUUUAAGCAUUUUUGUCUUUCUGCUAAAUUUCUAAAUGUAUAAUAUCUGAGUUACUGAGUAUAUAGACAUAAAAUUUGAGCUAAAUCGUCAAAUUGUCCUACACCAAAACUAUUCCAGUUUACACUGCCAGCUCUCUAGUGCAUGAGAGCGUGUUUCUUCACAGGUUCAACAAGACAAAUAUUAUCAGUCUUUAAUAUUUUUCAGUAGCGGCCAGAACUUUAUUGUACUUUAUUUUUAGUGAGAGUGAAUAUACUUUAAUAUGUUAGUAGUGGUUUGUAUUUAUUGUAUACUUAACUACCUACUUGUGUCCUUUGCACUUUUUCUUUUGAGUGUUCAUGUCUAUAAAUUUGCAGUAGCUCAUAUUAGGAAUCAUGAAUACUUUAUCAGACAAAUUGCAAAUUUUUCCCAUAUGUCCUUUAUAUCAAGCUUGCUUAUAAUAUUGUUUAUGACUUCAUUUUUAUGUAGUCAAAACUGUUGACUUAUAAUUUCUGCCUUUGAUACCAUGUUUAGAAUGAAUUCUUCCUAUCCAAGGUUAUAAAAAUACCCAUGUUCUGAUAUUUUUAUGAUUUUUGUUUCUUAUGUCAGUCUUGAAUGCAGUUAGAAAUUAUAUUCACUUAAGGGGUGAAGAAAAGAUUCACAAAUUUCUGCCAAGAUUAUGUAGUUGUCUUAAUACAAUUUAUAAAAUAAUUCCUCUUUUCCCUUACAGAUCUAAAAUGUAAUCUCCACUAGAUAAUAAACUUUUGUAUUUGAUAUUCAUAAA